AUGUAUAAUAUAUCAUUGCAAUAUGAUUGUUUAUAUUAUCAUAUACAUCAUGAAAAACUAGCAUAUCAAGGAUUAUCAAAUGUAAUUGAUGAUUUAAUUCCUUAUUGUUUUCGUCCAUUAAAUGAUAGUGAAAUAUUAAUUUUUACUUUUGAAAACCUACGUGAUCAUAAUUUUACUUUCGAAGAAUUACGUCUUCAUAAUAUAACAAGUCAACAACUUCUUUCCUGGUCUACUCCAAUUGAUCUUGUUGAACAAUAUCAAUUUUAUUUAAAUGAAUUAAAUAUUUCUCAAUCAUUAUUAUCAAAUGAAUUAUUUUAUAAUUGUACAAAACCAUGGUUUGGUCUUCAAUGUCAAUAUUCAUUUGAAUUUAGUGAAGAAAUGUCAAUGGAAAAAAUAAUUGAAAAUGAAUUUUCUCGAAAAACAUCCUAUACUGAAUCAACAAAUAUUUUACCAAAAAUUCCAUGUUAUGUUCAUCUUAAAUGUGAUCGUGGUGGAUCUUUAUUAUGCCUUGAUUGGCGUGAAAUAUGUGAUGGUCGUGUUGAUUGUCUUGAUGGUGGUCUUGAUGAAGCAUUUUGUUUCGAUAUGGAAUUAAAUGAAUGUAAUGAAAAUGAAUAUCGAUGUCAUAAUGGUUUAUGUAUUCCCGAAGAAUUUUGGGAAGAUGGUCAAGGUGAAGCAGAUUGUCUUGAUCGAUCCGAUGAAAUACCUGAUAUAUCAUAUUCAAGAUCUUGUUUUCAUGAUCCAACAUUUCGUUGUGAAGAACAUUCUUGUAGAACAAAUUGGCAUGAAUUUUCUUGUGGUGAUGGACAAUGUGUACAAAAAUUUGAUAAAUGUCAUAAUGGACGUCAUAUAUUACUGAAUGAAUUAAUGAAACUUCAAGGUAAUUUAUCAGAUCAAUGUUGGAUUGCAAUGAUUUGUCUUACACAACUUGUUACAGAAGUUAAUAAAAUCUCAUGUCAAAUAUGGUUAAACAAUGAUUUAAUCUUUGAAUAUCUUCAAACAUGUGAUGCGAUAUUUCAAUUUCCAAUUAAUCCUAUACAUUAUGGUCAUAUUCGUUUUAUAUAUGAUAAACCAUAUUUAAGAUUAAAUCGAACUUCUUUUAUGUUACCAGAUUAUAUUUGUUUUGAUGAUAAAUUAUGUGAUUGUAUAAUACCAACUUAUUAUUAUAAUAAUCUUACUUGUAUACAUACAUAUGAAUUAGAAAUGGAAUUAGAUAUUUCUGGACAUCCAUGGAUUGAUAUUAUUUUAGAAAUAAAUUCUCAUUUUUCAUCUUGUUCAAUUACACAUAGAUUUAUUCAAUAUUUAAAUAAUAAUUCAUUAAUUUAUAAUUGUCAAAAUUCAUCGAAAUUAAUUUCAAAAUCUCGUCUUAUUGAUGAAAAUAAAGAUUGUUGUAUGAAUGAUGAUGAAAAUUAUGAAUCUAGUUGUUUACUUCAUGAUAAAUAUCGAAUACAAUGUCCAAAUCAAACAAAAUGUUUAUCAUCAUUACAAUCUAUACAUGAUUGUCCAGAUUAUGAAAAUCAAUAUAAUAAUAAUAUUCCAUUUCACAUUUUUUGUAAUGGUUUUAAAGAAUAUAUUUUUGAAGAUUUAAAUGGUCAGAUCUAUACAGAUGAAUCUGAAUGUAAUUAUUGGCCAUGUAAUAAUAUUCAUUCACGAUGUGAUGGUUAUUGGGCUUGUUCAAAUGGUGAAGAUGAAUAUAAUUGUAAUUAUAAUAUAUGUCCUUUUGGAACACAUCCAUGUAUAACAUCAAUGAAUUAUUCAUUCAUUUGUUUAUCUUCUGAUCGUGUUGGUGAUGAAAUUAUUGAUUGUCUUGGUGCUUCGGAUGAACUUUAUUUUUGUCGACAAUUAUAUUCAUUAAAAAAAGAUUAUGAACGUUUUCGUUGUUUAGAGAGUGAUUUAUGUUUAUCAAUAUUUGAUUUAUGUGAUAAUAUUCAAUCAUGUCCACUUGGUGAUGAUGAACAUUUUUGUAAAAACUCAAGAUUUAUAUGUCAAGAUAAUUUAUCUACAAAUUCUAGUUCAAUCGAAAAUAUUCUUUGUCAAUUAAGUGAAUAUAAAAGAACAAGAAUUAUUCAUUUUACAGUUCAUACAUCACUUGAUUAUCCACAAUCAAAAUUAUUUAUUAUUAUGAAUGAAACAAAUCUAUCGAUAAAACAACAAACAUAUUCACAUAUAAAAACUAUUGAAUCACAAAUAAAUUUUAAUCCAUGGACAUGGUAUUGUACUCGAGGACUUCCUAUUCGUAUUUGGUUAGGAAAUAAUAGUUAUAAAUCUGGAUGUAUAUGUCCACCGAGUUAUUAUGGUGAUUUAUGUCAAUAUCAAAAUGAAAGAAUAAGUCUUACAUUAGGAUUAAUUCGUGCUGAAAAACAUGAAAUUUAUACAGUUGUUAUAAUGUUAAUUGAUGAUAAUGAUGAACGUAAAGAAAUAAAUUCUUAUGAUCAAUUUGAUUAUAUGCCGAGUCAAAGUUGUGGAAUUAAAUUUAAUCGUUAUCUUCUAUACCCAACAAGACCAAAAGAUCGAACAAAAAAUUAUAGUAUACAUAUUGAUGUAUUUGAAAAAAAUACGAUGUUUUAUCGUGGAAGUUGGCAUUUAUUUAUACCUUUUCUUUUUUUACCUGUCAAUAGAUUAUUGAUUUCACUUGUUAUACCUUAUUAUAGAAUUUCAAAUUCAUUCGAUUGUAAGAAUAAAUGUUAUAAUGGUCAAUGUAUUAAAUAUAUAAAUAAAGAAAUACAUUUUUGUCGAUGUUUUUCUGAUUGGUCUGGUAUUCAAUGCAAUAUACCAAUAAAUUGUAAAAGUUGUUCAUCGGAUUCAAUAUGUGUAGGUUCAAUUAAUAAUCGUUCAAUAUGUAUUUGUCCUUUAACAAGAUUUGGGCCUCGAUGCCUUCUUACAUCAUCAUGUGCAAUUAAUGCAUGUCAAAAUAAUGGUCAAUGUAUUUCAGCUGAUUUAAGUAUUCCUAGUAGUGAUUAUAGUUGUAUUUGUCCUGAUCAAUUUUAUGGUAGUAGAUGUCAAUAUUUAAAAGCUAAACUCGAAAUUUCAUUAGAAAAUCUUGAUAUUCCAUCUUAUUUAAUGGCUUUUUUCUUUACAAUUUCGGAACAAUCAGAACCAAAAUCAACAAUUAUGCUUGAAAAACUAACUCUUUUUCAACAUACUGUUAUAUUUCGUAUUUCUACUCCAUAUCAUAUGGUUAUUAUUAAAUCAAAUGAUAAAUAUUAUUUAGCUGUUAUUCAACAAACUCCAAAAAUAGAUAUUUCAACAACAAUUAAUCCUAGUCGAGAAUGUAUUUCUAUUGAGAAAAUAUUUAAUUCUACACUUAUGGAAUUACCACGAUUUCAACGUAUUAAAUAUUAUCAUAUAUCAUGUCAAAUAAAUCAUCAUUUAAAUUGUUUUCUUGAUGAAGCUUAUUUAUGUUUAUGUACUCAUGAUCAUCAUGCAAAUUGUGUUGAAUUUCAUCGGGAAAAAAAUCUUCAAUGUUCAUCAACACAUUACUGUAAAAAUCAAGCACAAUGCUUUCAAGAUCAUCCUAAUUGUCCAUCUUCAAUUAUUUGUGUUUGUAAUGAAUGUUUUUUUGGUAGUCAAUGUCAAUUUUAUACCAAAGGUUUUGGUUUAACAUUGGAUGAAAUCUUAGGGUAUGAAAUCAAACCUAAUACAUUACUAUCAAAUCAAUCAUUUUCUGUUAAAUUAAGUGCUCUAAUAACAAUGGUGAUGUUUGUCAUUGGAAUAAUAAAUGGUAUAUUUUCAAUAUUUACAUUUAAAAAUAAAAUAUCUCAAGAAGUUGGUUGUGGAAUGUAUCUUCUUACAUCAUCGAUAACAUCCUUAUUAAUUGUAAUUUUAUUUACAUUAAAAUUUUGGUUUCUUAUACUUUCUUCUCAUGAUUUUUUUGCACAAAGAUUAAUACUUUAUUUCAAUUGUAUGUUAAUUGAACCAUUAUUAAAAAGUCUUUUAUGUAUAGAUAAUUGGUUAAAUGGUUGUGUAGCUGCUGAAAGAGCAACUGCUGUUUAUAAAGGAAUUUAUUUUAGUAAGAAAAAAAGUAAAUAUAUUGCUAAAUGGGUCAUAUUAAUUCUUAUUUUAAUUAAUUUCAUCCUUUUUAUUCCUCAAUUAUCAUAUUUACAUUUAUUUGAUGAUCAAAAGGAAGAACGUACAUGGUGUGUCGUUCUUUAUUCAUCAUCAUUAUAUAUUUAUAAUACAUUUAUUAUGUUUUUUCAUUUUUUUACACCAUUUUUAAUAAAUUUAUUUUCUGCAAUAUUUAUUAUAAUAACAACUGCUCGUCAACGUGCAACUACACAAAUUAAAUUUGUUUAUUUAAAACAAUUUAAAAAUAAAUUAAAACAACAUAAACAUCUUUUCAUAAGUCCAAUUAUUUUAAUUAUUUUAUCCUUACCUCGUCUUAUUAUUUCAUUUACAUUGGAUUGUAAGAAAUCAUCCGAAUAUUUUUGGUUAUAUCUUAUUGGUUAUUUUGUUUCAUUUAUGCCAUCUAUACUUGUAUUUGUAGUAUUUGUCUUACCAUCAGCCGUUUUUAGAAAAGGAUUUAAACAAGCAAUUGAUCGUGGUCAACGAUGGAUUUUAUUAUUCAAAAGAAAUUUCUAUUGA